UAAUUGUUUCUUUUGCACAGGAUUAUUUUGGUGUCUGUUCAGAGGUGAUGAUCAAGGACAAUGUUGUGGUGGUUUAUGAGGUGCUGGAGGAGAUGCUGGACAAUGGCUUUCCAUUGGCAACAGAGUCUAAUAUUCUUAAGGAACUGAUAAAACCUCCCACUAUCCUGAGAACAGUUGUCAACACCAUCACAGGAAGCACUAAUGUGGGUGACCAGCUUCCUACUGGACAGCUAUCAGUGGUGCCUUGGAGACGUACUGGUGUAAAAUAUACCAACAAUGAGGCGUAUUUUGAUGUGAUUGAGGAGAUAGAUGCAAUCAUUGACAAAUCAGGUUCCACAAUUACUGCUGAAAUCCAAGGGGUGAUUGAUGCUUGUGUCAAGCUGACUGGGAUGCCAGACCUUACCCUCUCCUUUAUGAACCCUCGGCUAUUGGAUGAUGUCAGCUUUCAUCCAUGUGUACGUUUCAAGCGCUGGGAGUCAGAAAGAAUACUCUCCUUCAUUCCACCUGAUGGAAAUUUUCGCUUGCUUUCCUACCAUGUCAGUGCUCAGAAUCUUGUGGCAAUCCCUGUCUACGUUAAACACAACAUCAGUUUCCGCGAUAGCAGCUCACUGGGACGUUUUGAAAUCACAGUGGGGCCGAAGCAGACUAUGGGGAAGACUGUAGAGGGAGUGAUGGUCACUAGCCAGAUGCCAAAAGGUGUCUUAAAUAUGACCCUUACACCCUCUCAGGGAACACAUAUCUUUGAUCCAGUUACAAAGUUGCUGUCAUGGGAUGUGGGGAAAAUAAACCCUCAGAAGCUGCCAAGCCUGAAGGGGAGCAUGAGCCUGCAAGCUGGGACAUCAAAACCAGAUGAAAACCCCACCAUUAAUCUGCAGUUUAAAAUUCAGCAGCUGGCUAUAUCUGGACUGAAGGUGAAUCGCUUGGACAUGUAUGGGGAGAAGUACAAGCCCUUCAAGGGGAUAAAAUACAUGACUAAGGCUGGCAAGUUCCAAGUCCGAACCUAGAGGAUCCUGAUAGUGAGGAAGAGCACUUUCCUGUUUCUCCUGUCCCUGGCUGUUGGAUGCAGCCUCUUACCCCAUCCAUCUGUUUAGGGUUGCUUCCUUACCUGUAGUAGCAUGAGCAGGAGAGCAGAGCCAGUGCUUGGGGUGCGGAGGAGCAGGGAAAAAUAAGGUUGACCUGAAACAGUCUCAUUCAUAGCUGAAUCUGAAGUAUUGGAACAAUAGCAGAUGGGAGAGGAGUUCAGGUACCUUGGGAUUAGUGAGUCAGCUAUGCAAGUUUGUAUCACCUUCAUUUGCUGUCUUAAAGGAAAGUCUAGGGAUUUGCCUUUUUUAAACUCCUCUUCCUUGUAUUUUGGUUGGCUUUUAUCCCUUUGUAGAUGAUACAAAGUUGAAUUUCCACAA